CAUCCGGACGUUAGCCAACACUGGGCCACUCAGCGUGCAUGCACGACAAACAAAACAACCGUUUUUUCUAUGCCAAAUCGAAGCGGCAACGCCAGGCCUUUUACAUAUCAACACACAGACCGGCCGGCACUGAUGAACUAGAAAUGGAGUGGUACGAAGUCGAGUUGGACGGUAGUCGCACGAUAGCUUUUCCGGAGCGCUCAGUACCCGGAUUUGGGCGGGAGGCGUCGAAAUCGGACACCGGCGAAUACCUUGGAGGCAUCAUACGAAACGGGCAAUGGGGCUGGGUGACUUGGCGGUAUGGAAGCGACGCCACUCUGCUGAUCUGUAGCAUGACCACCGGCGAUUACCUCUCCUGGCACCGCUUCUGGAGUGAAUCCGACGAUCUGGGGCAGCGACACAAACAGGGUCAGCGCAGCAGCAUUCGCUGCGUGGAAGAGCUUUUUCCCGGCGAGCCCGAACGCACCGCUAUGCUGGCCAUCUGCCUGGAGUCGUGGGACAGCGGCGAGGAAAAACCAGUCAACUGCCCAAUAGUGACGGAGGUGCUCAUCUACUCGAUUCCCGGAAGUCAGGUGCUGCGCCGCUUCGACCUUCACAGCUUUACCUGCAGCGCGUUGACUUUCCUCGAUCAAAGAAUCUGUGGAGGAACACGACUGACUCAGUUCGACGGAUGUCUGGCCGUGUCCACCGAGGAGGGCAUGGUUCUGAUGGUCGAUCUGAACAGUGAGAGGCUGCUGGAGAGGAGCCGAAGCCGCAGCCUUUGCUCCCCCAGUUCCGAGGAUGAGCCGUCCUAUGGGGAUCUCUACAUAUUCCCCUCCGAGGAGAUCGGGCUUAACAUAGAGCCCACGUUGGCCCAUUGUCGCUCCAAAGGGGCCCACAUGGCCGUGCGGGUGGAUGUGGCUUCCUGUGGAAUCAGUUGCCUCAUCGACAUCAGCUUGGCGCCUGGCUUUGCCGCUGGUCUAGACGACGGUCGAAUCCUGAUCUACGACUUAAUACACUUCCAUGUGACCACUGCUCUGCGACCGGCUGGAGCAAAGGAAGCGAUUCACGGGGCCGUAAAACGAAUGUGCCUCAUUAUGCCGCCGGAUGACCCCAAACCCUGUUUCUACAUCUGUGCAUUGUACCAAUACGCCGACGGUCUGAGCAUGCUGCUGCACUCGGUCAGCUAUAGGCGCUCCUACGUGGAGCAGGUAGGCGACACGUUCCGUUUCGAGCACUUCCACUCUAGCUCUUUGCGCAACCACCAAAUCUUAGACAGGGGUAUUUGCCCCGUAAUGGGCUGCACCACGGCGUCUACUUUUAGUUUUGCCGGGGACAGCGGAACGCUGUUGAUUGUCAUCUCGUGGCACUCAAACGCAGAUCGCAAGAACAAGCUAGUCUUGUUCGACAUUAACCAGUGGUAUAAGGAUGAGAUGCCUCCAUGCGUGCGCCAGUACGAAGUUCCUCAUUACGUCGCCGGCUACAUCCUCAGUGGUCUACACACGGGACUGGCAUUGCAGUUACGUUCCAACACCAUUAUGCACUUUGUCUCACUGCAGCGCUACGAUGAGCACUUUUAUCCCAACUCAUUGACCUUUGAUUGCUCGCUCUUAACCCCAACUGGCAGUCGGUACUACGCCCAGGACGGAGUGCAACAUCGUUUUCUGAACGCCCUUCGCUGGGAGCGCGCCACGCUCUUCCUGCAUCCUCAGAUUUACCACGAGGAUAUCAUUCGCCUGUGUCUCCUGCCACAAUUCUGCGAGCUCAACCAUAAGGCCACAUUCUCUAAGACUGCUAUGUAUGAGGUCAUACUGUCUGUAGCUCUGGAGCACAAGUGCGGAGCCUUGCUGAACGACUGCGCCAGGAGUUGGUUGGACGGCAGCUUCUUGUGCAACAUGCUUGAUAACACGAAACUCUCCCUGUCUACGCUGACCAACUGGAUCGUGAAGCGUGCCGGACAGAUCAAGACGCGCUGCUCGGAACUAUGUCAGGGCAUCUUUGACUACGGCGGCUAUUCACUGGACGAGCGUGAACGGCGCGAGUUUCUGCUGCUCUCCGACCAGCUGCGUGAGUUGGUGCGCUUGCAGUCCUACAUUGUCGAGCUGGGACGGCGGAGGCUAACCCCCUCGGUUUUAGAUGAUUGCCAGGCCACCGAGCGGGCGCUGCAGACGGUGCACGAGUACCAAAGAGUGCUGUACUGGUUUAUAGACCACGGCCUUCUCCCGGAGGGUCAUCACGAGGAUCACCGGGAACCCCGGGAGCAGCCACUCGUUCGCCUGCGACACGAGUACUCUGAAAAACGGGCGCAACGAAAGAGCCUAUACAUCGAUGCGCUGGGAAAGCUCGCCUCCCUUUCGGAACCCUAUCCGCCGGACUCGCUGCAUGCGCUUAUGCACGUGAUGUUCAGUCCCGACACAGAACUCUGCCACAAACAUGCUCUCAUCCUCUACCUGCUGAUGGACCUGAACCAACAGCUGGCCGAGCGCUUUCAGAUUGCCUUCCACCUGAAUAAGGAUCUAACUAAGCCAUUGCGCUCCUUCUGGUACUUGGACCACGGCGACUACGAGCAAUGCGUAAAUGAAUUAUACAAGGAUGCCGCUCCCGCCAGUAACUUCGAAGCGUGGCAGGUGCGGCUGUUAAUAGAGAAGCUGCUGGCUGACGGCGCCGUCAAGGCGGCCAUGCAAGUGGCCAUCCUACCACCCGGUCCAUUGUCAUCGGCGCUGCACAUGAGCGUGCUCCUGGCCAACAAAAACAUGCCGGAGGCAUUCCAAAUCGCCCGCCUAUACGACGACGAGGAUGGACAGCCGCUGUUGGAGCGCUUCUUCCGUCACUGCAUUGAUAUUGGACGCUUCAAAGUCCUGGCCGAGCUGUAUCUGCGAGAGUCGGAGGAGAGGCUGUUGUACAGUCUGCUGCGCCAGUGCCGAUCGCGUCACACGGAUUGCGUCCAAUUGAUUCUGAUGCUUCAAAAGAGCAAGUUCAUAGAGGCUGUGUCCUUCAUGGAUGAGGUGGCCGCCGAGCGGGAGCGAGAUGAAUCCUCCAGCACUAUUAUCUCUGCCUAUCGCUCUACGAUGGCACCAGUCGCACAGAACAUCGCCGGUACCUAUCUUCGCAUUAGAGAUACCUUGGACGGCUUGGAGGAUGGUCAAAGGGGCGGUCUUUUGGAGCCCUUCAGCUGCCAGCUAGUCAAACAGAACGCCAGCGGCCAGUUGGGCGGCAUCUUUCAGAGUUCCGCCGUCAGUGCCCACUGGGCAACGCACUGCGAGUCGCCUCCAAAGUUGCCCAAAGUUGUUUCGAUCCAAUCAAAAAUAGGUUAUACCAAUGUUCCCUUCUUGCGGCACGCGCAGUACGGACUUUCGGAGCUUCCUCACCGUCGGCGCAUAGUAAAGCCAGUCCCACACCAGGUGGUGGAGAAACGACAACGGGAGCAAGAGGAGCAGCGGACGGAUCAUCAAGAACAGAGGCAGCAAUACCCAAAGCAGGUCUAUAAGCGCCGUUGUCUUGUGGCUGAACGACUGGUGGAGGAUGUAAAAGAUUACGUGAGGUCAAUUCUGGAACAAAAUCCGGACAAAUCGGACGUGGGAGAGACCAAACAAAACGAGGCUACCCAUCUGUUGCAGGCGCCAACUUUCCUUCAGACGCGCCAGCCGAUGACACGCCAGAACAGCAAUUCGCCACAACCAAUUCCCACGAUCCUGAAGCGAAACGCAGCUGUGGAGCCCGUUGAAGGCACGUCGCCGAUGGCUACGUCUACAGCUCUGGCGGGGGCAAAGCGAUUUCGCUUCAUGCCACCCAUUCCUCUGCAAACGGAUAAAUCAUUGGAGGUGGACAGCGAAGAUGCAAUUGAGGAUGAGGAAGGGGAGGAGGAGGAUGAAACUGACGAGAUCAUUGUGGAGAUCGAGUCAAGAAGCGAGCCAAGGAGCGCCUCCAGCAUCGAGUCCGACCAGGAGGAUGAGUUCCUCUCGCCGUUAGUAUCGGCCAAUGUUUCUUUGGUGGAGCAGGUAUCGUUGCGGGAUUCUCCUCGUUCUUUCGCGCCACCACUAGGCCCACAGCCCCGAAACUCAUUGCUUCAUGGGAGGAACGAAAUCGGAAGAAAAAUUGGUACUGGGACAGGGAGUGAGAGUAGUAGUGGAUUUGGCAGCUUUGCCACGGUGCAACCGGCUCAAACGACAUCACAUUCCCAGUUCGUGCCCACCAUCUGCUCCUCCAAGAUGGGCGAGACGCAGUCACAGGUCUUCUUCAGCAGCAGCUCUGGGGUUAAGAUCUCCGAGCGCACUACCAUCUGUGGUGAAAUGGAAUCAACCGAUCUUGGUGCGGAGUUGGCGGCCGCACCCAGCGCACAGUGGUCUCUGCCUUUAGCAAGGCCUGCCAUCCAGGGGCAUCAUCAGAUGAUGGACACCACGCUGGGAAUGUCCACAUACGAUGUGGCGUCACUUGAGCAGCAAGACACUCAGGAUCAGGAGCAAGAAGAGGAACUGAAGCUGGGUGACACACAAUCGCUUGAGGAGCAACAUAAUCCACAAGAUGAGUUGAAGCAGGAGCUAGAGCAAGAUCAAAGUCAGGUGCAGGAACCUUUGGGGACCGACGGUCAGCUGGCGUUCCUGGGCAGCUCAGAACCAACGACACAGGAGCCCCCCUCGCCCACCUACAGCCUGAGUAGCGAAGACUCGGACAUGUCCUCGGCCGGCAUUCCGAAUCCCAUGCUUCCGACCCUGCACACCGAGGACCCCAUGUACUCCAUCGUUGUUGAGUCGACGGGCUCCAUAACUACAUCCAGAUCGGUAACGCACACCCCCACCUCCUUCCUGCCCAGCGACACGAACGUUUCUCAUACCCCUAGUCCGCGGGCACCGCAUGGCGGGGAUGGAGAUGGCUCGCCGAUCUCCCUGUACCGUGCCAAUAGUCUGGAAACGGUUGAUGACCUGGACACCACCAAGGGCUCGCUGGAGGAAGAGGAGGAAUACGACGAGGAUGAUUGCGUCAUAGCGCUUGAUGGAACAGAAGUGCGCGGCUAUGUUGCCCGACCUCAGCAAUCGGCGGCUUCCAGCAGUGCGGAGCUGUUCGCCUUCAAGGACGAAUGCCAGGAGGAGGCGGCGGGUGGCCCCAGUCCCUUCCUUUCGCUGGGUGCAACAGUCAACAGCGACUCGGAGGUGGCCGACACCAUUGUCAUAGACAGCGAUGAGGAGUCGCCGAAGGAAAAAGAUACUCAGCCGGAGCAGCAGAAAGAGUGUCCUAUGGAAGAGGACGACCCGAGCAACGAUUCGGUGGCCACAGUAGCCUUUAGCGAACAUAAGCAGCCACUUGCAGAUAUCGAUAUCGAGAUGAAGGUGGAGGAAGUGGAACCCUCGCCAGCAGGGCAAGGAAGCAGCCAGCAGGCUUGUGAACUGGAGAAAAUUCCAGAGGAGGAGGUAGACGUAGAAGCCGAAGAACAAGUCCUUGUGGAAGUCGAACGGGAGGCGAAUGAGCAGCCCAAAGAGGGGGACAAAACGGAGACCAAAGAUUCUUCCGUUGCGGAAGCCCAUCCCAAAGCAGAACCUCUAUUGCCCGAAGAGGAAGAUUCAAGGCAAAGCCUCAAGCUGAUAUUCUCCGGCGAUGAGGAUGAGGAGAAAUUUGUGCCAACAGUGACGACUCGUUCCCUACGAUCGCGUUGCAGUUCCACAGAGCAGCAGGAAAGUCCACGAACUCUGCGACCGCGCCGCGUCUCCCAGGAGCACCGCGAUAGUCCAACUCCGGUGCGUGGUCCCAGGAUGCGAUUGCGCAGUACCGACGCCCUAACCUCAUCGCCCGUAUCCACUCCUCCGGUCUCGACGCCUAAGCGUCGUGGUUCGCAGCACAAACACCUGCUGGAUGUGAUCGUCGAGCAGAGUCCCUUGGACACUGCGCUACCGCGCACCCGCUCGCGCACGAUCCUCAGUGUGGACUCGGAGACCGCGAGCCCCAGACCCGCCACGCCCACAAACGCCAAGGCCCGAGGCAAGAGGGCUUCCUCGCAGGCACCGGCUACGAAGAGUCCUCGUGUCCGGCAACAGCGAGGCAACAGCGAGCCGCCCGUUGCUUUGAGUGGGCCGCACACUCGGGUGCGCAAAUCGACGACUGUAGGUGUCAGAACGCGCAAGACGAGCGCAGGCGACAGGCAGUCUGUAUCUCCCGUGUCUUUGGCUCAGACAGAUGCUCCCAUAGUUGUACCCGAAUCAACUGAACCAGAGGAGAGGCCCCGUCUCCGUCGCACCGCCAGACGACGCAUCUCGGACCUAAGCGAUCAGUCCGGGAAUGCCACUACCACAGAUGCUCCUGUCUUGGAUUCCAGCAGUUCCACGACCAGCUCGAGCGCCAACUCCGCCACCAGCAGCACCCAGAACCGCGAGCUGCGUCCGCGCCAGCGUCGCACCUCCACGUCGAAGCAUUAGUUUAAUGCACCCGCAUCACCAGAGUUGAAGGUCAUGGAAAGCACUUAAUUCUUAGUUUUGUACUUUGUUCACGUUUAAUACCAAUUUUAAUUGGCAUCACUUCGAUAUUUAAAAGUUAAAAAAAAUGUAAGUUAGAAUGCAAAUUAUUGUAUCCACCUAGUAAAAACAUAUUGAUUUCUAAAAUUAA